AGAUGACUCUAUUCUUUUGUUAUCGAUGUUCCCGAAAUUGGAAGCUAAACGAAAAUUGUCAUACUUGUCAUAAUUAUAGCCUUCGAAAUUAUGUCUAAUUCUGCUAAAUGGUAGCUUCUGAAUCUGUCACGCACUGGGAAACAUUCUAAAACUCUAUUUCUUCAACUUCCAAUUUGGAAGGUCGAAUUACAAUGUUUUGUUAUUAUUAAUUUAGAAACAACGACUAGAUUGUUAGUCGUUUUACGCCUAUCCCUGAAUAUGUCCAUGUCUGUAACAACUAUAAAUUCCACCGAUAUUUGUUGGAGAUAUGUAAUAUCCGGCAAAUGAUCGCAUGCACGCGUUAUGAUUGCUACGCAUCCUGUUUGAUUACACUAGUAUCCUCGUUUUGCAGAACGGCUUGGAGGAAUGUUGCAAAGCAAUAGCGACGCGACAGAUCGACGGGAAUGAGUUAUUGGUGAGUAAAUCGUUUCAAACUAAAGUUCCUCCAACGACUAAAUUUUCUUCGCGCUUCGUUGAUCGUGAAUAUCGUUUUCACCGUUCGCGGGUUUGUUGACAUCACGGUCUCGCACGUGGUUGCAAACAGACACUGAUAGUAUCCCGCUGUGUGCAUAACAAAGGACGAGCAAAGCGUAAUUCGAAUAACAGCAAUUGACGGAAGGGCAGCUGGCGCUGUGGAAGAGUGACCUCACGCGUCCGUUGAUAUGGUAAGGAAAACAAAAUGCCCUGAGCUGAGGUAAACGUAGCCGCGCUCGACUGCAAAAUUUCAUUCGUCGAUAUUUGGUAUAUUCGCCUUGAGUCGUAUCACGUUAUGCUAGAGAGUGUGUGUACAGCACGGUCUCGUUCACGAGAAAUAGGAUUACGAAGUCCGUGUCACGGUCUAACGGUUCCUCUAUACGGUCUUGAAGAAUCUUCACGAGACACGCCUUCGAAUCGCGUGGUCACCUCAAUUCCAGCAAUUACUCAUACGCAUGGAAACGCUCAACGUUUUAUCCAACUCCAGAACCUCAGGGAACCAUCUGAAACCAUCCCUAAUCGUGGCUCUAUCGCUCUGUAAAUUAGGCACUCGGUAAAAAUAGAAGCUAAUUUAAAAUUCUUGUUAUCUCCAAGAAUAUAACUCGAAUCGUUCGCUGCUUUUCGAAAAUAUUAUUAUGUACACUUUGACUUCUUGUUUUAUUCAUUAAUCGAGCUGUAAUGUUUAAGAUGAUUGUCAAGGAAUUCUAAUGGUAGCUUGUGGCUGUAGAGAAAUUUGGCGAGCGACGAUGCCUACAGAAAGCACCGCGAGACGCAGUACGCAUAUCAAAAGACCAGUUCAAUGGCUCGCGCAAAGUCGAAAUAUGCUGUGGCCAGCAAUUCCGAAGGCCACGCUGGGCAUCCUUAGGUUGUUCGAUGCUGGUUAUGCCACACGUACGUAAUUCUAUCGCGUGGGACGAAUUCGAUCGUUCAACAUCGCGCUGACGCCAGGAAAUUUAUCGUCUUCGUUUAUUAAGGAAAUUCCACUUGACAAUACAGCGAUCACAUUUGCAUGUCACUCGAAACGAUAAAGGGAUCGAGGUUUCACUUAGGAAAAGAUGAUCAUGAAUACCUUUACCGAAUGUGUAAUCCAUUGUUGUAACGCAGACCUCACCAGACUCGUUUAUUACCAGAUUUAUAAUUUGACAAUGUUGUCGCUUCCGACCAGGAGCCUUUGGGCGUUCAUAGAGGAAGUAAGGAAAACACCGGAGAAAUUCGUGGAAGAGAAGAAUCCUGAAUUGCACGGCCACGAGGAUCAUUUCAGCGACACUGGAUCCUGGGGCACCGACUUUGAAGACGACACCAACGAGGAGGUCUUGUCGGAAGACCAAAAAAUGCAUUUAAACCCUGGUUUCAGAGCUAGCCAAAGGUUGUCUCGAGACGCUGCAGGAUCUAAACGAAAAGACACGCGAGUAAGGGCGGCCCCCAACCAAAAGGAUGAAGGAACAUACGCCAAUUGCGACCCAAUACAGGAUGACGAAAACACCUAUGCAAAUUGUCAGGAAUCGAGGACCGCGGUCGCGAAGAACCCAUCCAGAUUGCAUAGCCAAAUCGAGAAGUCCUUGGCUGAGCAGCUCAAGGAGCAAUUGCAACUCAGGAAUAGCAAGAAACCCAUGAUUGUACCGAAACCUGAAUCCCUCCAAGCUAGGAGGAUCGAGGUCACGUCUCCGGGACGCGGCCAGCCGCAGAAAUCGUUCUUGCACCAUGCUUCGAAGGCGAAAGCGAAUGUUCCUAGUCAAACGCAAAAGAGAAUGGCCGUGCCUCCGCCACCCGAACCAAAGAAGACUAGAGAUCAGACAGUGAUCAUCGAGAGAUCCGUCAAGGAUCAAACGAAACCUCCAGCCACUUUGAGGAAUCUCGACCUCGUUGCCAAUUUACCUUCGCAGACGGAGGAAAGCGAGGACGAAUACGAGUCGUUCGACGAACAAAUUAUUGAGCAGAAUCAGAAGAGAAGCAUGUUGAGCGCGACUAGCAAGCAAUCGCUAACAAGUGGUCGCCAGACUUCUGCUGAAAGCAUUUAUCAGCCGCCGAGUAUUAGCAGUUUUGAGGACGAGGAGUUACAAUGCGAAAUUUACGAGUCGAUUACAGAGACACCAGAUGAUAACGGGUACUACUUGAACUCCACCCAGACGUCGUUGAAUACAGUAUCACCACCACUACUCCUGGCGAAACCUGCCCAAUCGUCGGCUAGUCCCUCUCCAACUUCAAGUUGGUCCAGCAUGGACAAGUCAAAGGAACGAUCUCCUGAGAAGAAAUCAACAUUGCCUCAUUCUAACAGUAACACCUCGCUAUCGUCGGAAAGAGCCACGCGGCCACUGCCACCGCCGCCUGAGAGGCAUUCCUAUAUCGACAAACCUUGGUUCCACAAUGUCACGAGGGAGCAGGCGACGGCUCUCAUCAAAGAACAAAAUACUUACGGCAACCCGCAAGACGGAUACUUCCUCCUAAGACCGUCUACGACAAACGUGAACAAUCCUCUGGCGUUGGUCCUUUGGUACAACGACAGAGUUUAUAACGUCCCAGUCAGGAAGAGGCCCGAUAACAGAUACGCAUUGGGUUCCGCGAAAACAAACGAACAGUCGUUUUCUAGCGUGGAAGAAAUCGUGAUGUUUUACACCAGAGAAGGACUGGUACUCCACAGCAAUGGUGUACAAAUGGGAAGCACAAAGUUGACUGACACACCGCCCAAGUAAAUUGUGCGACGAUGAAGAAGAAGAAGAGCACGUUUCUUAAAUUGAGGGAUCGCACUAUAAUACUUAAAACGAGUUUGUGCAAUGCAACUACUGCCUAACCAAGAAUUCUGAAACAGAUUUAAGCUCGGGGAAUGCGCAUGUAUUUAUUUCAAAGGUGCCUUUCUAUUUGUGAGAUUGUUCAAACACCGUGGAUGAACGCAAAAUUAACACUUUAACGCGUUCGUUUAUUUCAGCCAAUGACAAUUUUUGGGGGCGUUCAUCGUAUAGCGUUAAAGUAUUAAUUUCUUAUAUUUUUACGGUAUUCAAAUGCAUUUUAUAUAAUAUAUAUAAUAUACAUAUACAUAUAUUAUAGCACGUGUGACUGUGGAAAUGUAUAAUGUAUUGCAAAAGGAAAUUGAUCUCUAUUGAAAUGAAUUGAACGUGUAUAUUUUGAAUACAGAACUUUACAAAUUGUAUUUUUACUAAUGUUAACUCUAAAUGUUAAAAUCUCAGAAGCAUUAAGUGACGGAUGUUAUUCUCUAAAUAUUAGUCAUUUCAUAUACAUACGAAUGUACAUGACUCACUCUCUUUGUAUUUGUAAAUAUAUUUCUAAAAUUUGUAAUUGAUAAUUUCUAAGUAGAAUGGUUUUUAUACUAUGUUUUAUCUGAUCUAUCAUGUGUCUAAGUUUAAGGAAAUAAAUUGUAGUAAA